AUGCACGGAUAUCGCACCUACAACAUGGAGAGCCAUCACCACGAUGGCAGCAGCAGCGCCGUUGACCAGAAGCCGCUGGUCGUCGAUCUGAUCUCAACACAAUACGGCAAACCGCAAACGCCGCCGCCUUCGCCAAAUGGUAAGUGCCGCAAACCGAGCGCUGCUCCACUCAACAGCUUGACUAACUGUCCGCUCUUCUUCUCCCUUUUCCAUGCAGAGUGCCUGUCCAGUCCGGACAACUCGCUGAAUGGCAGUCGCAACUCGGAGAUACCCGCUGAUCCGUCGGUUCGUCGCUAUCGAACCGCAUUUACACGCGAUCAGCUGGCGCGUCUCGAGAAGGAGUUCUACAAGGAGAACUAUGUGUCCCGGCCGCGUCGCUGCGAGCUGGCCGCCCAGCUCAAUCUGCCCGAGUCCACGAUCAAAGUGUGGUUCCAGAAUCGUCGCAUGAAGGACAAACGCCAGCGCAUCGCCGUCGCCUGGCCGUACGCAGCCGUUUACUCGGAUCCCGCUUUCGCCGCUUCCAUACUGCAAGCGGCCGCCAAUAGCGUGGGCAUGCCCUAUCCGCCGUAUGCACCGGCUGCCGCUGCCGCCGCCGCAGCUGCCGCCAAUCCCAUGCUGGCCACCGGCAUGCCCACCAUGCCAGUGCCCGGCCACUCGCCGUAUGCCCAGUACCGUUAUGCGCCGUAUCACAUUCCCGCAAGGCCGGCACCGCCGCCAGCUCCGCACAUGCAUCCGCACACGCACACGCAUCCGCACUCGGCGGUGGCCAUGCAGGCGGCGAUGGGCUAUCCGGCGGCCAUGUUGGGCGCCGCUGCCGCCGCCGCAACGAUGCCGCCCAGCUAUGCCGGGCAGCAGCUGCAGCUGCCCAAGACCCAGACGCCGCCGCUGGAUCUGCAGUCGUCCUCGUCGCCGCACUCCUCCACGCUGUCGCUGAGUCCCGUCGGCUCCGAUCACACCAAGGUCUUCGAUCGCAGUCUCAGCCCGCUGCGCAGCGCGCCCACCGCCCCCGCCCCAGGCGCCAUCCACACGACCAGCAGCCCGCUGCCUGCGCCCGGUCUGCUGAUGAUGCCCAGCGCCAAGCGGCCAGCGUCGGAUAUGUCGCCGCCGCCGGCGACCACAGUUCUGGCGGAGCCGAAGCCCAAGCUAUUCAAGCCCUACAAGACUGAGGCGUAGGCGUUGCCACGCCCAUGCCCGCUGAACCGCAACCCGCGCUGCCCGCUCGAUUGUACAAAUUAGCGUUAAAUUGUUGUUGCACCUCAAUUGCAUCUCCCCCACACGCUCCCUCCUACCCCCUCUGCACAGUGUGUGGAGCGGGAUCGAAUCGAAGCUAUUUAUCAGUUGUACA